GCCUAGGACAGAAGCCCCAGUCUGCCAUCAGCUUCCACGUAGACUUAGGGUCAGUAAAGUCCAAGAGGCCUCCUGGGAAUGUGUCACCCUCCAGCGUGGAGGCGCACAGGGGAGGGAGGUGGAGAGGGCGUCUUGGAGGAGCUUUAAAUGCUGGGCUGGUUCUGGGCUCCAGUCAGUUCUCCCAGCGGCAUAGGUGAGCCAAGGAUCUGUUCUCUGCUGACGCCAGGAAAACCCAGAGCAGCUGAGAGCCCUGUAGCCCAGCAAGGAGCCCAGGAUGUUCCUGAAGGCGGUGGUACUGGGCCUGGCCCUGGUGGUUGUUAACAGUGCCCAGGCAGAGGUCAGUGCUGAUGAGGUGGCUACUAUGAUGUGGAACUACUUCAGCCAGCUGAGGAACAAUGCCAAGGAGGCGGUGGAACAUCUGCAGAAGUCAGAAAUCACCCAGCAGCUCAACACCCUCUUCCAGGACAAAGUCAGCGAUGUGAACACCUACACCAGCGUCCUGCAGAAAAAGCUGGUGCCCUUUGCCAUGGAGCUGCAUGAGCGCCUGACUAAGGACUCGGAGAAGCUCAAGGAGGAGAUUCGGAAGGAGCUGGAGGACCUGCGUACCCGCCUGCUGCCCCACGCUCAGGAAGUGAGCCAGAAGAUUGGGGACAAUGUGCGAGAGUUGCAGCAGCACCUAGGGCCCUAUGCCGAGGAGCUGCACACCCAGGUCAACAAGCAGGCAGAGCAGCUGCGCAGCCAGCUGACUCCCUAUGUGCAGCGCAUGGAGAGCGCGGUGUGGGAGAAUGUGGACAACCUGCAGGCCUCCCUGACACCCUUCGCGGAGGAGUUGAAGGCCAAGUUUGACAAGAAUGUAGAGGAGCUCAAGGGGCACCUCACUCCCCACACUGAGGGGCUCAAGGUCAAGAUCGACCAGAAUGUGGAGGAGUUGCGCCGCAGCCUGGCCCCUUAUGCAGAGGAUGUACAGGAGAAGCUCAACCACCAGCUUGAGGGCCUGGCCUUCGAGAUGAAGAAGAAUGCAGAGGAGCUCAAGGCCAAGAUCUCAGCCAACACCGAGGAGCUGCAGCAGAGGCUGAUACCCAUGGUGGAUGAUGUCCGAAGCAAGCUGAGGGGCAACACCGAGGGGCUACAGAAGUCACUGGCACAGCUGAGCAGCCACCUGGACCAGCAGGUAGAGGAGUUCCAGAGAAAUGUGAAGCCCUAUGGGGAGACCUUCAGCAGAGCCUUGGUACAGCAAAUGGAGCAGCUCAGGAAGAAGCUGGGCCCCUACGCGGGGGACGUGGAAGGCCACUUGAGCUUCCUGGAGAAGGACCUGCGGGACCAGGUCAGCUCCUUCUUCAGCACCCUGGAGAAGAAGUACCAGGACAAGUCCCCAGCCCUUGUCCUCCCAGAACAGGGUGUUCCUGGAGCAGGGCCAGAGCAGCCCCAGGAGCAGCCCCAGGAGCAGCAAGAACCCUCCCCUUUGGAGAGCUGAGCUGCCCCUGGUGUCCUCCACCAGUUACCAUGGACACCUGCCCUGCCCUGCCUCCUGUCUGCCCAGUAGUCCCUAAGUACUUCUUGUGCAAGCUUGAGGACACAUGCCCAGGGAGUGGUGAUGCCCCUUCCCCAUAUUCAAUACAGUUGCUGAGAAACUAGCCCCA